AUGUCAUCGCGGCGUAGUUCAGCAAUAGCAACAGCAGAAGCAAGCUUGCAAGGAUCACGAUCAGGAUCACCAAAUGAUAUUCAGGGUGAUAGAAGUAUGACAGAUUUGACAAAUAUAGUAAACGAAGAGGAAGAAACAGGAAGUAGAAGUGGAAGUGUAUCAACUAGCAGUUACAUUCAACGAUCUCCACAGCUGGAUAUAGCAUUCUUGCAUUCAAUCUCCACUCAUCGUCCUUUAGGUCCACAUAAACACUUCAACGUCAUUCCUGUUCUCAUCACACUCGAUCGAACCAUUCGACAAAUUGGAGCACGAAGGAGAGAUGCAAGUACAAGUGAACCUCUAGAAGACGUUGAAGAAGAGAAUAGCGAUGAAGAAGAAAGUUCAAAUAAGAGAAAAAGAAACGAUCGUUCACCUUCUACAAGCAGAAAAGCAAUCAAGAAAGAAGAUACAGACGAUGAUAUUCUACUAGAUGCAGCAUAUGUGGCAACAACAUCCGCAAUACCAGUAGACGGCGAAAUGGUAUGGCAAAGAUUAAGUGAACUGUACGACGUGGAAGGGUUGGAAGAACUUGAAGAUGGAGCAGUGGAUGGAGAGGAUGAUUCACCCUUUUACACAUCUCCGCCUCCUACUUAUUUCUCAGUAGCUACACGAAAGGUACUAGGCGAAAAGAUCAAGUCCAAACCUGUCUUUGGAUUCGGCGGUUCAUUGAUCAAGUUGCCGGAAUCAGCCACCCCCACACCCGCCAAACCAUCAGGUCGACAGCAGAAACAAUCAAGAACAAAAGCAGCACAAGACGAAGACGAUGAAGAUGAAGAGGAGCAUAUUGCAGACUUUGAGCUGGGACCGUGGGAAGAGUACGAAGAUUUGAUCGCACCUAGGCGUUUAAAGAGUUAUGCUCCCGAUGAAGGACCAAGUGAAUCAGAUGAAGAUCUAAGCGAGCCAAGUAUAGAACAAAAGGUUGCAUUAGGAGCACAAGAUGAAGACGAUGACAUUGAAGCCAAAGAUGAAGACGAAGAUGAAGAAAGCGAAGAGGACGAAGGAGAUGAAGACGAAGAUGAGGAAGAAGACGACGACGAUGACGAAGAAGAGGAGAAAAAGCCUUCAAGACGAAAGGGCAACUCGUCAUCCCGACGAGCGCCUGCCAAUGCUAGACGCAAAAGUGGAACUGCAUCCGCAACGCCUACAGCAUCAGCUUCAGCCUCUACAAGAGCAUCUAGAAGUUCCGCCAAACCUCGUAGAUCAGCACGAAGGUGA